GGAAUUUGUGUGGGGAUGAAAUGAAGAGAUGUGUAUGAUAUUAAUCUGUCAAGUCCUAUGUAAUGAAGUAUGGGGCGAGGAAGAUCAUAGCAAUGCUCAAAACCUGAUUGGAGACAUGGAUAGCAUGUUUGAAGGCUGCUGGGAAUGGUCCUGCAGACAGAGGAGCAACAGAUGAUGAUUUCUGUAACCAGCCCCAUUCUACUCAUGUAGCAGGCUGAGGUCACUCUUUGUGUCGGCGGGACUCUGCACUCGCUCCUUUCAGUCCUGGCAAGAAAAAGCAGGAAUUCUAAAACCCACAGGCAGUGAUCACCCCCGGCUCCUUUGUACAGCCCAGUAAAUAAUUCAUCUGAAUUUGAGGGGUCUGACACUGAGAACGUAUUGACCCUCGCUGUCACUGGCAAACCCUGCACGGAGAACUUGAAUACAGCGGGAAAGAGAAAUGUGUCUUUGAAAUCAGAGACGACUUCGAGUGACCUGAGAACACAGGUAGAAGCGCUGGGGACGGAUGAACGGCUGCCAGACAGAGUAUUUUUAAGGCACGUAAAGGUCAUCCCUGAGGUUUCCACAUACACAUCCUGCCCGCCUGGCCACUGGGAUCUGGGAAAACCAGCUCUGGACUUGGAAACCACCAGGCGAGGUCCUAGCCAGGGCCCUUCCCAAGUCCCUCCUGCUGCACUCAAUACCUGGAUUAAACAAAGAAAAUUGUGUCUGCCAGGCUCACUAGCCGAAGUCACAAGAUUCCGAGGAUCAUGCGGCACUCCGGCAUUGCUACAAAAACUUGUCCGGAGGGGCACACUUCCCGCCACACGAAAACGGCUGUGCACCGGACUUUCCAGAUAAAAACAUUUAGCACCGAGUUGAAAAACCAUGUGAUGGUCAUGGAUUUCGUGAAGAGUAACUGGUUCCCCUCCCAGAGAAGAGCCAAAGGUUGCAUCAUCCAUAUGUGUCAAGGCCUGAAGACAGCUGAGCAGACAGCUAGCCGAUACGAGAUCCACAGUCGGCUCUUCUCGUCCCCCAGAGAUCAUUCUGCUUGGGGAAGAAAUGAAGGUCUUUCAAACGCAGGAUUACGGGACAACCAGUACAGUACAAACGAUCAAAUUGCCUUUAAAAAUCUUCAGUCUGAUGUUACAGAGAAGAAAUCUGACUUCACCGAGGAGACUCUGGCAUCGCACAGCACAAAAAUGAUUUCAUCCCUCGUCAUUUCACAGCUGAUGGAUGAGAGUAAAUCAAAGGCAAACCAGGCCGCGCCGCCCGCGCCCUGCGCGCCGGCUCUGCACGCCGCGCCUACGGCCAGGCCGUCGCGGGUGAACCGCAGCGGGGUCUCCAUCAGCCGGGCAUUCGCCCUCCUUCCCGGCAGGCUGGGCGUUCAGACGCCGGCGGCCCAGGAGCCAGGACCUGACACGGAGCUGCCGUCCAACGAGGAGAAGCCGUGCAGCGGCCCCCAAAGGGGCUUUGCGUCCAUCACCAUCACGGCCAGGCGCGUGGGCCCCGCAGCCGGCACCCUGGCGGGAGGCCGUGGGGGGCCCGCGGUCGCCUGCACCGAGUGCCGGGCCCAGGGCGCUCUGCUCAGGGACGCCUCUGCUCCGGCUGGGGGUGCCGAGCGCCGUGGGCACCAGGGACCGUUCACCUGCGCGGAUUGCUCCAGAAACUGCUCUGUGAUGAGGCUGAAGGUGCCCGAGACGGACCCCCGGCUGUGCGAGACUCACGAGUACUGCGUCACGGAUGUGGACAACCGAGAGGACAGUUUUCCUCUGGGCGCCGCGCGGUCGGGAAAGGGGCCGCUGGUGUUCAGCUCCUGCGUCCAUGUCAGGGUGUCUCAGCAGUGCCCCAAUUCCAUUUACUAUCUAGACCGGUCCCUCUCCGUCCCCAUUGAGCAGCCUCCGCUUGCUGGCCCUAAAAUGCACAGGUCGGUCCUGUCGCUCAACCUAAACUGCAGUUCACACGGAUUGACACCAGAUGGAGUAGACGGCACAGCUAAUGGAGGGCCAAUGAGCAGUGCUUUGAAGCAGGAGCUCACGGAAGGAAACGAGAACCUCCUAGGCCCCAGCUGGAACCCGGGUUUGCAAGGAAGUUUCUUGAAGGAAAACCCGUCCUUGGAGCAGGUGCAUCUGGGGCCCUGCACCUGUCCUUGGAGGGGCUCCCGUCUGUUGGAAAAGCAAGCAUUCUCGGGUGUGGGAGUUCAGCAGGUCACAGUAAGAAAAGGGAGAGAGGACUAUACCACUCGGCACACCGGGGGUGGUGGCAGCCAACUGUCCAUCCACAUUCCUGGCUGGAGUUACACAGCAGUAGAAGCAAAAGUAUUUUCUGGAAGCAGCGAGAAGCAACAAGGAGAAGCACGUGUGACUUUGUCUGCUCCCCCAGUGGAACAGAAGCUGGUUAAAGAGUUCCUUCCCGAUGGGUAUAGCUCUCCAAACAACAGCUGUCAGUCUAGCAACUUCUCUGAGCCCUCAGAGAGUCAACAGCAAAGCUUCCUGAAAUCCGGAAUCCCUUUAUCUGGCUUUCUUUGCCCCUUACAAGAUUUAUGCACAUCUCCACAGGAAGACAGUGAUGUUCAGAUAGAAAGAGAGUUCCCCAAAGGGGAUUACAAGUGCUGUGACUUGGUUGUAAAAAUAAAGGAAUGCAGGAAGAGUGAGGAACCCCCCGAGCCAGCACCCCUGGAACCAGCACCCCCAGAGCCAGUGUCCCCUGAGCCACCAGAGACCCCUGACCUGUCCGAAGACUGUUCUGAGGGUCAAGGAACACCUGUAAGCUCCUUGACCUUGCAGGAAGCACUGGAAGUCCGGAAACCCCAGUUCAUUUCUCGUUCCCAAGAACGGCUGAAGAAACUAGAACACAGGGUACAGCAGAGAAAAGCCCAGCGGACGGAGAACCUGGGCCAGAAGCAGAGUCUCUUUCCUCCCCGCGCCAACAAGAAGCAGUUCACGGUUCCCCACCCUCUUAGCGAUAACUUGUUCAAACCCAAAGAAAGAUACAUUUCAGAGAAGGAGAUGCACAUGCGAUCUAAAAGAAUCUAUAAUAACUUGCCGGAAGUGAAAAAGAAAAAAGAAGAACAAAAGAAAAGAGUGAUCUUACAGAGUAACAGACUCCGUGCUGAAGUCUUCAAAAAGCAAUUACUGGACCAGCUCCUUCAAAGGAACGCGGUCUAACCGUAGGCUGCCCUGCUGACCCACUCCCUGGACCUGGGAUGACUUCAAACGCUGGAUCAACCAUUAAACUUAGCAUUAUCUUCAUGAUAUGAAACACUUACUUUACUUUUGAUUUUUUUUCAUGAAGGAAAACGCAGCUUCCUGAAUUGCUUGCCCAAACCACACAGAAAUAGUAACCCUUGAGGAAAUGGGCCCACAAGACCGUGGAGGGGUGACCGACACGAUGUAAACCACUAGAUACAGUCCCCUCAGUUUUCCACUUUGGAAUUUACCAUUUGCUUCUGAUCCCCCCCCCACCCCCGCCACCAUUUCCGCCGAGACAGAAAAAGGCCUCCUAUGUUCACAUGGGCCUAGAUCCUAGGGGGUUAUUUUUCUUCAUCAAAUUUUUGGGACCCCCGUCUAUCACUUUUUAAGUAUCAAUCCCAACUUUUGCCAAUAAUCCACACUUUGGGUCAGCACCCAGUAUGUUUAAAUACUCUCUGGGUGUGUGGGCCACGUAAUGCUGGAAGCUGACCUUGGAAGUAAGCAGGUGCUCUUACAGGAACGAGGGAGCGUGCAGUCUGUGUGUCUGCGACCUGGGGUGGGCAGAGCCAUCCUCACGACCCUACCCCACACUGAGUGCUUCUCUUCAUUUAGAAAAAGAGUCCAUUUCCACAGAAGCUAUGAGAGCGGAAUUGGUGGGGGAAAAAAUUAUAGGUGACUUCAGUGUUUUCUGCAAAGUCCCCUCCUCCCAGAACCAAAGCUGUGUUGCUGAAAAUGGCCCGGUGGCUCCAACUCUGCCAUUUGCUCUUCCAGCACUGACGAUAUUCAUGAUUUACCAAUGUGUGUUUGGGGAGUUAAGAACUAACUAGUUUUUAUCAAAAAUGGAAAUA